AGCUCGGCAUCAUGGCGGCCUCCAGCCAAAUACCAUACUAUCAGGGGGCCAUUGAUCUGAGACAAUUGGUUUUAGGCCAUAAAGAGCUGUCCAGCCUUGGUAGCAAAUCAGGCUUCGUCAGUUUUCAGGAUCCAAUUGUCGUCAAGUAUAUCACCAUAGCUCUGUUGAAGCGCGAUUUUGGCCUCGAUAUCAGGCUUCCAGACGACCGGCUUUGCCCUCGUGUUCCUAUCCGCUACAACUACGUUCGCUGGAUCCAGGAGCUUAUCGACACGACUUCUCCCAAAUACACCGAUACUUAUGACCCAGCGCGCGUUGUUACGGGCCUAGACAUUGGUACCGGAGCCUCUGCCAUCUACACCAUCCUUGCCCUCCAAACACGACCAUCCUGGCACAUGUGCGCCACCGAUAUUGACGAACAAUCUCUAUCUUUUGCCAAAUACAACAUACAGAACAAUGAUCUCGACUCCCGCGCUCUGGUAACUCAUACCAAACCAUCAGACCCUCUCAUUUCGCUCCCUAUCUUGGGCGUUGAAGGGCUCGAAUUCACCAUAUGCAACCCACCCUUCUUCUCUACUGAUCAGGAAUUCGCCGAUUCGCUAGCAGGCAAAGGCAAAGAUAGCAAGCCCUACUCUUCAAGUACUGGCACGCCUGCCGAGAUGGUGUAUCCUGGUGGCGACCUGGCCUUCGUCUCUAGGAUCUUUGAAGAAAGCUUGAAGUUGCGCGAAAAGGUGCAAUGGUAUAGCUCCAUGUUUGGCAAGCUUACCAGCGCGAACGCUUUCGUCAUGAAGUUAAGAGAGAACAAUAUAUCCAACUACGCAGUAUCCUAUUUGUGGGCAGGCGGCGCGACGCGGAGGUGGGCGGUAGCCUGGAGCUUCGGCGAUCUGAGGCCGAGACACGACGUAGCCAGGCACUGGUCCACAGAGCGGAUGCUAGACCCUUUUCCUACCGUAUUUCACAUACCUUUCACAGCAGCGAAGGCCCCCAAGGUAGCCCACGUAGUAGACACGUACCUGAGUUCUCUACAACUUCGCUGGUCCUUCGACCCCGCUUCCGGCACUGGUUUUGGAAUUACAUCACAAAACGUCUGGUCAAGGGCCUUCAGACGCCAACAGCAGAAGAAGACCGAGGCCGCGGAGACGGAAAUGGCCGAAGAAGCUGGCGAAAAGGUGGCCUUGGCGUUCAAAAUGUUCGUAUUUGAGGAGAAAGAGAUGCUAAGCGUGAGGUGGCUACAAGGUGCAGAUCAGGUGAUCUGGGAGAGCUUCACCGGCAUGCUGAAAAGAUUCGUGGACGGCAUCAAAGAUUGAUCGUCGUGGCGGUAGGUCUGUGUACACUGUCCUAGCGCCGUCAGAGGUGCCUCAACAAGCUUUCAGAAAGUGGAAUAAUACCAAAAAAAAUUAUUUUGAACGACCUGUGUGUACACUACCCGAC